AUGGCAGCUAUCGGCCGCACCAUCCACCACCUGAGGCUGUGUGUCUCGGUUCACUUGGCCGCCCUCACGGCAGCGGCUGACGCCUCUGCAGCGGUGGAGGUGGUGCGGAGCGAGACCUUCCGCCUCGCGCGGGGCCUGAAGGACGCGGAGCUGCAGCAGCUCUGCGAGGCCACCUGCCAGCAGCUGCUCCAGCGGGAGGAGCUGCAGGAGCAGUGCCUGGAGCUGGUGCUUGGGGAGCUGCAGGAGGCGCAGGAUGCCCAGCUGGGUUUCAGCCACCUACGGCUGCUGAGCUCGCAGGAACUGUCGCUGGCGCCGGAGCAGCAGGCGAUCGUGGCGCAGCACCUCAGGCCACUCUGCGAAACUGCCGCGGCCGCCGAGCCCUGCCGCGCGCUGUCGGUGGCCUUGGGGGUCUUGCAGCUUCUGCCCGACGAGGACGUGGAGUGGCUGGUGGAGAAGUCAGCGCAGCUGGCGCGGCGUGGGCAGGGGCUGGCCCUGUUGCAGGCUUUCGCCAAGUGCCCUGAGAUCUUCUGGCGCUGCUUUGAGGGGCGGCUGGGCAUGUGGGACCGCACCUUCCAGGAGGCGGAAGUCCAGGUGCUGGCGGAAGUUCUGCUGGCGCUGUGGCCCGGCCCGGCAGCUGGCGCGGCGUUGGCGGAGUGUGUGGGGCCACGCCUCUGGGAGCUCGGGGGCCUGAGGGUGGCCUUGCCGCAGCGGGCGCAGCUGCGGGCGCGGCUGGCGGCCAUGGAGGUGUCGCUGCCGGUGCCUGCGGCCGCGGGUGCCGCGGCAUUGCGGAGCUCGCUGAGUGCGUUGGGGGGCGACAGCCUUGCGGCGCUGCUGCGGGCGCUGCGCAGCGUGAGCCCUGGCACCGCGGGCAGCUUCAGCGACUUUCUGUCCACGAUGCUUUCGGCCUCUCCAGGCGCGGUGCCUGGGAAUCUGAAGACGCUGUGGCUGCUGCUGCGGGCGGCUGCCUUUUUCGUUUCCCACCGCCUGAAGUCUCCCUUCGGUUCAGCCUCUGAGAGCCUGCAGCUUUUGGACACCAUGAUCGUGGAAUCCUCCGGCAAGGUGGCCCAGAAGGUGGCCGAAGCCCUGGCCAGGACGUCUCCCUCGCCGGACCUGGCGGACUGCAGCUUCUGCCCGCUGGCCUGCGUGCAGGUGGUUUUCAUGCUGGAGCAGCUGAUCCUCCUGGCGCAGGAGCCAGUGCACGUGCAGCUGCCGCCGGCAGAGUUUGCCACACCCAGCGCCAACCAAUUCUUCGACGCCAACCGCAAGGUGUGCUUCGAGUGGUUCCAGCGCAUGCGUGGGCCGCUGCAGCAGACCUUGAGCCGCUUCGGUUCCCCGGGGGCCUUCUUCGCCAACGGCGCGCGCCUGGCGGCGGCGAAGCUGGUCGAGGAGCUGCCGGCGCUGGGGGAGCAGCCGCUGUCGGAGUAUGUGCUGCUGGCAGCCCACGGCCGCAAGGAGGAGGUUCGUGGGCCGGUGCUCUCCAUGCGCGACAGGGCGCCGUGGUUGCCGGCGCUGGAGGCGCUGGAGCCGCCGGGGCGGACUGCGGGGCCUGUGCAGAUCUUGACGGACAAGUCAGCAGUCCCCCACAAGGCCAUGGAGGUCUUGGAGCAGACCUUGGCGUCGCUGCUGUCCAGCGCGCUGCAAAUGAAGGACGUGGGCCGCUGUCGAGGCAUCCUGGCGCUGCUGUGCCAGCUGGCCUGGGCGGCGUCGCUCUCCGUCGGCUUCGUGGUGUCCUUCCAGGAGCCCUUGAUCCUGGCCGCAGAGCGCCGCCACGAAGAGGCGAACCUCCUCUUUGCCAGCCGCCACGAGGACUCCAGACAGGACUCGAAGACGGCACCUCUCGGCUCCAGCAGGGCCAUGCGCGCGCUGGUGGCCCGCGCGUGGCUGGACUCCGCCGUGGCGGCGCGGGACGAAGGUGCUGUGGAGCAGUGGCUGGAGCAGCAUGCUGAAGGCGGCGUUGUGUCCAAGGCUGUGGUUGCCUUUGCCCGGGCCUACGACCAUCUCCUGAAGCAGGAGCUUCUGGCGUGCCAGCAGGCGGUGCAAGAGGCCAAGUCCGCCAGCUCCAGCGAGUGGGCCGCCGCGUCGGAGCGAACGGAGCGGGCCACGCCAGCCACGGCCAGCGACCGCAUUGGCUCCCUGUCGCGGUGGGGCGAUAUGCAUUCUUUGCUGCUGGUGGAGACCGCCGUGGACCACAAGCUGGGCUCCCCAUCGCCAGGAGCACAGGCCCGGAACUUCAUCCAGGCGGAGCUGGCGGCGAGGUGCCAAGUGGAACCCUUUCUCACCGCCCAGGUGUACCAGCCCUGCGAACUUCACCUGGAGCUGUUGGAAGCGCUGGAGGGCCGGCUGGCGCCCUCCCGCGGGGUGUUGCGGACGGCGGCGUCCUUCGAGUUGCUGGAGGCCUGCGGGGCCGCGUAUCCCAUGGACGAGCUGCUGGAGGGCUGCCUGCAGGAGCGGAGCUUCAACCUGGCGGAGCGGGUGCUGGACACGCAGCCGGCGGCCUGCAGCGCCCUGUUCCGUGCCCGGGUGCUGCUGGGCCGGGGCCGCCACGCCGAGGGCUUGCAGGUGCUGGAUACGGCUCUGUCCACCUCCUUUGAUCUGCUGCUGACGAGCCCGGCGGCCACAACAGACAUUGCGCGGCUCAGCUCGCAGCUUUUGGACGCUCCGGCGCUCGCCGCCGCUGGGCCCCUGCAGCGGCUCGGGGCACAGCUGGCCGAGCACACCGGCGCAGGCACGGGCCUCUUCAGCGCAGAGGUCGUGGAGAAGUGGAAGGCCGGCCUGCAGCUGAACACGGUGCCGGUGAUGUUGGAGCAGCGGCUCAACCCCUACUUCUUGGGCCAGUUGCACAGCAUGACCUGCCAGCUCUGCCCGGAGGAUGCCCAGCUCUGGGGCCAGUACGGCGACUGGCUCUUCGCCCAGAGCCACCCGGACAGCUACGUGGACCUCGCGCUGCAGCGGGCGCUGCCAGAGUUCGGGAAUGCGUCCCCGGCGGAGCUGCAGCUGAAGCGCCGCUGUGUGCAGGCGCUGCGCCGGAAGCGCCAGGAGCCAAUGUCGCUACAGUGGCUGCAGAAGCGCUCCAAGGUGGCGCAGUGCAAGCUGUGGCAGGACCUGGGCGUGGAGGCCCAGGAGCGAAUCGCCCAGCAGCUGGGGCUCCUGGAGGCCUGGUUCGCCUCUCUGCGGCCGGCGGCCCAGCAGGAGAUGCAAGAGGCCUACGAGCGCCACCUGGCGCUCUCCGCGGCGCCGGCCUCGCCGCUGGCCAUGAAGCGCGUGCUGCGGCUGCUGCGCGUGGGCGGCGGCGAGGGCCUGGAGCUGCGGAUGCUGGGCCCCGUGCUGCCGCAGAUCCUGGCGUACAUGAAGAGUCCGGACAGCAACCUCGCCGAAGUCGCCGCAGGCCUCUUCUCCCGCCUGGCUGCCAAUGCCCACCUCGUGCUGCUCCCCGCCCUGGCGGGCGAAGACCCCAAUCCUCAGCCCAGCGGCACACACGGUGCCGUGCGGCCCAGCGCCAGGGACUUGGUGCGGCAGCAGCACCCGGAGAAGCUGCGGCGCGCGGAGCGCUUCGCGCGGGCGCUGAACGCCAUGGCCAUCCCCGUGGAUGAGGUUUGCGCCAAGAUCUUGCAAUUUGCGGAGACCUUUCUGGUGACAAAGGCGCUCGACGAGGUGCCGGACUGCGGGCAGCUGCUGCUGGGGCACUUCUCGGCGCUGCUGAGCGCACUGGACGCCGCCGCAGGGGAGGAUCGCCACGGUCGGGGUGCGGUGGAGGCGGAGGUCCUGGGCAUCAUGGGCUGCGUGCCUGACCUGAAGACGUCCUUUGCCCGGAAGUUCCUCGCAGCCUUCCUGCCUCAACUGCGAAGGAUGGUUUUCGUGCACAAGCCCAAGCUUGAGAAGCAGCCGGCCAACGGACUGGAGCUUCAGAGGAGCCUCCUGCAGCACCUGCAGCUGCUGCAGCGCUGCUGCCACUCGAGCCGCGCGUCCGUGCCGCUGGCGGAGCUCGCGCCAGAGCUGGUGCAGAUGCUCCAAAGCGAGGCCGAGGAAGAGCCCAUAGUGCUGCCGAUCGAGACGCAAGUGACGGCAGACCACAACUUCUGCUCCGGCAACUUCAUGCGGCUGCACGCGGCAUCUCAAAACGUGCAGCUGCUGUCCACCAAAACCAAGCCCAAGAAGCUGAGCUUCGAGGCAGAGGACGGGUCGUGGCACAGCUUCCUCCUGAAGGGCCGGGAUGACCUGCGCCUGGACGGGCGCAUCAUGCAGCUACUGCGCAUGGCCAACGCCGUUGCUCAGACCCGCUUUGGCGCCGCGGCGGUGCCGCGGUGCCGGGGAUACGACGUGGUGCCCAUUGCGCCCAGGGCGGGGCUCAUCCGCUGGGUCUCCGCAGUGCCACUCUUUGUCAUCCACACACAGCGGCGCCAGGUGGCCCAGAAGGAGGACACCAGAAAGGUCACCUCUGCCGACCUGUGGCACCAGAAGAUUCAGAUGCACCUCAGGGCCCUAGACUCCGACGUGUCGCAGCCGCGGCGGCAGUGGCCACCGGAGGCGCUGCGCAGGACCUUCGAGGAGAUGCAGGCGGACAGCCCCCGGGACCUCAUCAGCCGGGAGCUGCUGCUCAGCUCCUUGCACCCAGGGCAGCACUUCAUGCGGCAGAACGCGUACACGCUCUCCUGCGCCUUCUCCUCCGUUUUGGGGCACCUCAUCGGCCUGGGGGACCGGCAUUUGGACAAUGUCCUCUUGGACCUCACCACUGGUGAGGUGGUGCAUGUGGAUUACUCGAUCUGCUUCGACCGCGGGCAGCGAUUGCGCGUUCCCGAGCGCGUGCCUUUCCGUCUCACCCGGUGCAUGGUGCACGCGCUGGGCCCGCUGGGCGUGGGCGGGCCCUUUGUGCACACGAUGGAGCAGGGCCUUUGUCUCAUGACCGAGUGGCGCGAGCUCAUCAUCUCCCUGGCGGAGCCCUGCUUCUUGCUGGAGCCAGUGAACGACUGGAUCUGCCCUGUGGUGACCCCAUUCCACUGGAGCCAGGUUCGCAAGGCGAAGCCCGAGGAGCCCGAGGAGCACGUGGAGAUCGUGGAGGUGCCCAUUCUGCACCUGCUCAAGCGGGAGGUGCCCGAGCCGCCCCCGCAGCCGCGGGAGGUUGAGUGGCCGGCGCUGGGAGCUUUGCCCCCGCCGCCGCCCACAGACCCACCGCCGCCGCCCAAGAAGUCGGAGUCCUCCAGUGCGUCCAGCACGCAGGCGCGGGAGGACGAGGACAACGAGGGGCCCAGGACCCCGAGGUCCCCGCGGACUGGCAGCGGGCGCCAGGAUGAGGAGUGCCUCCUGGCGCAAGACCGGGAGGAGAUGGAUGAGACACUAGGCACCGUCUAUAACGGUUUGCGAAAUCGGCGUGUGCAGCGGGCCGGCUCUGAAGCGCAGGAUGCGGAGAAUCAGGCAGCCGAUGCUGAGGCCGAGGAUGACGACGAGGACGAUUAUGAGCAAGAGGGCAGCAAUGAUCAGAAUGACCAGCCAGCCGCAUCAGGCGCCGAGAACUUGGAGCCGCGGAAGGCCCCGAGGUGCCCCGCGGCCACCUACGCCCUGUCCAGCAUCCACCGGAAGAUCCCGGCACGCAGCAGCAGCUUGGAGGCGGAGGCGCUGAUUGCUCAGGCCACCAACCCGGAGGAGCUGGCCCAGAUGUACGAAGGAUGGACUUCUUGGAUUUGA